GCUUCUCCUAGUCCAGACAGCAAUCGUUCAGCCUACACUCUUGGAGUUGGCAACAUCCUCUUUUGCACUUUCUUAUUGUGAGCUAGAGGGAGAGGGAGGGAGAGAGAGAGAGAGAGAGAGAAAGUAUAUCUGUGUGUGUUGUGUUUUGAGUGCACGAUAUUAAAACACGCGAUACAAUUCAAGGACAAACGUGGGCUGUGCAUAUCCACUAUCAGCUAAAGGCCAAAAGAAAAGGGGAUUUGCAGUUAUUUCUUAGGUGCUUUUAGUUUCCCCUGUUGGUGUGGAUGUGAGUGCGUGUCAGAGAGAGUGAGUGUGUGUGAGAGAGAGAGAGACAGACAGAGAGAGAGUGUGUGUGUGUGAGAGAGAGACAGAGAGAGAGAGAGAGUGUGUGUGAGCAACCAACAGGGAGAAUCCUUUCUAUUACUUCCCUGUGAAACUGGCGAUUUCUACCGAACAGAGAACAUCAUUUUGACUCAAAUCUUGCAGCUGUUCCGAAAAUAAGGAGUCACAAAAGUCCUUUAGAAACUCUUUGCUUGCUUCCUUCAUCUCAAGACUCUCUCUCUCUCCCCCCCCCCAUCACCUCACACCUCUCCCUCUCUCAUCCCUUCUGUCGGCGUCUUCGACUUGCAGCACACAGCCGCCCCGCGUGUGUACACAACCUCUUCCUGGUCUCUCCUUAGAGUGAGCAAGGGAAAGUGAAGGGAGAGACGGAGAGUGGGGGCAAACAAAGCAAUGACGAAAGGCACCUGACUUAUCCGUGGUUCGAAGAACUAACACGUGCUUUUGCAAGGAGGGAAAAAAAAACGUCACCCAGGCAAAAAUCUAUCCCCUAUGAUCAGUUCAGUCUGUGUUUCCUCUUUCCGCGGGCGAAAGUCAGGAAACAAACCUCCUUCCAAGUCAUGUUUGAAAGGAGAUAUGGGCAAAAACGAGGAGAGCGACAAAAUAGUCAUCAAUGUUGGAGGCAUUAAACAUGAGACGUACAGAAGCACGCUCAAGACAUUGCCUGGCACAAGGCUCUCCUGGUUAACGGAGCCGGACGCUUUCAGCAAUUUUGAUUAUGACCCUAAGACCGACGAGUUCUUCUUCGACCGCCACCCCUCCGUUUUUGCCUAUGUCCUGAACUAUUACAGGACGGGCAAGUUGCAUUGCCCGGCGGAUGUGUGUGGCCCGCUCUUCGAGGAAGAGCUGGCCUUCUGGGGCAUCGACGAGACGGACGUGGAGGCAUGUUGCUGGAUGAACUACAGGCAGCAUCGGGACGCGGAAGAGGCGCUGGACAGUUUCGAAACUCCCGAGCCCGACGACGAGGAGGACGGGGAUCUCAAAAGACUGUGCCUGCAAGAGGACUCUGGAAGGAAACUGGGCUGGUGGAAGAAACUCCAGCCCAAAGUCUGGGCUCUCUUUGAAGACCCCUAUUCAUCUAAAGCUGCCCGGUACGUGGCGUUUGCAUCUCUAUUCUUCAUCUUGAUAUCCAUCACCACCUUUUGCCUUGAGACCCACGAAGCAUUCAACCACCUGGUGAACAGGACGGAGACGAUCGUCACAGACAAUGUCACCACUGUGGUGGAGGAUGUGGAGAUUGAGACGGAGGCGUUCCUCACCUACGUGGAGGGCAUGUGUGUCAUCUGGUUCACCUUUGAGUUCCUGAUGCGCAUCCUGUUCUGUCCCGACAAGAAGGAGUUCAUCAAGAACACCCUCAACAUCAUUGACUUUGUGGCCAUCCUUCCCUUUUACCUGGAGGUUGGUCUGAGCGGACUCUCUUCCAAGGCUGCCAAGGACGUCUUGGGUUUCCUGCGUGUGGUGCGUUUCGUCCGGAUCCUGCGUAUCUUCAAACUCACCCGUCACUUCAUUGGGCUUCGUGUCCUGGGCCACACACUGAGGGCCAGCACGAAUGAGUUCCUCCUGCUGAUCAUCUUCCUGGCCCUUGGGGUCCUGAUCUUCGCCACCAUGAUCUACUACGCUGAGAGGAUAGGGGCUGACCCUGAAGACAUAACAGGCAGCAGGCACACCAGGUUCAAGAACAUUCCCAUUGGCUUCUGGUGGGCAGUGGUAACCAUGACAACCCUGGGCUAUGGGGACAUGUAUCCGGAGACCUGGUCUGGGAUGUUGGUGGGAGCUCUCUGCGCCUUGGCUGGCGUGCUGACCAUUGCCAUGCCGGUUCCUGUCAUUGUCAAUAACUUUGGCAUGUACUAUUCCUUGGCCAUGGCCAAGCAAAAGUUACCAAAAAAGAAGAACAAGCACAUUCCCCGGGCACCCCAGCCAGGCUCUCCCAACUAUUGCAAGCCUGACAUCAAGUCCCCACAGAGGAGUGCCCAAGGUGACUCCUGCCCUCUUGCCCAAGAGGAGAUCAUCGAAAUAAACCGGGCAGAUCCCAAGCAAAAUGGGGACGCUGCUAAUGCUGCUUUGGCCAAUGAGGAUUGUCCAACAAUUGACCAGGCACUGUCACCGGAAGAGAACCAGCCAGUCACGCCUGGAGGAAGGGAGAGGUACGCCCGGGACAGAGCCUGCUUCCUGUUGACCACCGGAGACUUUGAACACUCUCCCGACGGAAGUAUCCGCAAAGGUUAUGAAAAGUCGAGGAGCCUAAACAACAUUUCUGGCAUGAGUGGGAAUGCGCUGCGAUUGUCUCCUGUCACCUCGCCAUUCAACUCGCCCUGCCCACUAAGGCGACCCCAGUCACCCAUCCCAUCCAUCUUGUAGCAUGGACAGAAAAGAGUGGGAAAUAUUUUUUUAGGGAAAUAUAUAUAUAUAAAUAUAUAUAUAUGUGUGUGUGUAUGCAUCUAUAUCUAUAUAGGUGUAUAUAGAUAUAUAUAUCUUUAGGACAAUGAAAAGCAUUUACAAAGAAUAUAAAACAAUGAGAUCAUUGUUUGGACAAUAGGUUGCAUAUACCAAAUGACUGAUGAAGCAUCUUCUGAUUGAUGGAAAAAAUAAACUGGUUAAAUUUGUGCCAAGACGUUGGCUUAUUCGAGGAAAAGACCCUUACCCCGAUCCCUCUUGCCACCGACAUGGACAGCAAGGUGGAAUUUCUCUAUAUUUUUUAAAGAAAAGGACAUUUCUGUACCCACUUCCUUGCCCACUACCCCUCUCCCCCAGCCUGUCUCACUGCACAUCUUACAGGAUUGAGAGAGUCAGAACCAAGGUUGAUUUAGACAGAGGGACGAGUCUUUUGGGAGGCAAGCUUCAGAUUUCUCCACACAUCUAUGUCAAUGUUUGAUUAUACAAAGAAGAUACACUCAGGAUAAAUGAACUAAACACACACACACACACACACACACACACACACACACACACACACACACACACACACACACACACACAGUGGGAAGCCAGUGCAAUGACCUUCUGAUCCAGUGCAGUGGGAUCUUCUUCCCCUCACCCUCACACCUUCUCCCCCAUUCCAAUGCAUGGAAUUCCAUUGCAAGCAAUAAGCAAAUGAAUACGUUGCCUUGGUGCAUGUUGAACAAAAAAAAACAACAGCAAGAAAAAAAAUGUUUCUUUUUUUUAAAGAAAAAAUAUGUUCUGUCUGAAGUGGAGUGUUCAGCCUCGACUGCUGCAUGCCUGUUAUGCAAGAGCGAGGUGAGAUCAAAACUGUCCCUGAGCCAUUUUUUGCUCUCUUCUCUACUCACAGAUAAUUAUAAGGACAGUCCAGUGAUUUCUAGAUACAUGCAACUGGAGGCCGUCACGGUCAACUAGUGACUCCCAUCCCUCACCCGUCUCCAGCACUACUUUCCCUUUCUCCUGUUCCCCCUCUUCUACCACCUCUCCCGAUUCAUCAUACCUUUGCCUCUAACCCCUCUUCUGCUCCUUCUCCAUCUCUCUCCCUAUUUCCUCCUCCAUCAUUGCUGCUCCCCAAUUUGCCUUUCUCCUUCCUAUUCUAAGUCCUCUACCUGCUUCUGUGAACCGCUUGUUGCUUCUCUUCCCUCAUCCUCUCUUCUCCAAUCCCAUCCUGUAUUGUCUCCUCAUACUUCAUUUCCAUUCUCCCUUCUUCGCCCUCCCCAUGAGCUCUUCUGCCACCUCUGCCCCCUCACUCUUCACCACCACUUUGCUCUCCACUUCUUCCCAACCUUCCACCGUCAAUCAUUCGUUUUCCACCACCUCUUCCUUGCUCUUCUUGGUUGCUCCCGUUUCUCUUUACUCGUGAGCAGGAGUAACAAAAGGAGAAAAGUCCUGCCCCCUCCCAGAACAAAAAAAGGUCCCAACACCCCACCCCCCAAAACAAACUGACUUGCUGAUGACAACAUUGAAGAAGCAAAAAAAGCAAAGACAAACCGCGAGGAACGAGGGAUAUUGAUGUGUGGUUGUCAACCUACAGCGGACCAGAGAAACAUGUAUAAGUGCAACAAUUGUGGGAGAAUGGGCAAAACCUGGUGUAAGAAAUUUUGGAAAGUGGGAAAAAAAAAGCUGUGCAGGGGAAUUGAACAAAGAAGUAUUAUAUAUAUUUAAAAGGUGCAUUUUUCUCAGCCUCAGCAUGACUUUGCAUGGUGUACUGUAAGGAUUAUAUUUAAUGUCAUAUGCAAAAAAAAAAUAUAUUUUCCUUCCAGAUUGCAAAACUCGAUGAAAAAAUACAUGAAAAAAAAACAAAAAAAAAAGAAUUUAGCCAAUCGUAUAAAACUGUAUUAUUGAAAGGAUGCAGCACUUUUUUUUCUAUUUUUUAAUCAGAAUUAAUAUAAAAGGUGUGUAUACAAGAAAGGUGCCAAUACUCGGUCAUAUUGACCGUUUUUUCCCCUGUCUCUCUCUUUCUCUGUCUCUCCCUUUCUCUGUCUCUCUCUUCCUCUAUCUCUGUCUUCAUCUGUUCUUCUCUCUGGCACGUUAAUUAAGUAAUAGAGAGUUAAAAGAUCUGUUAAGUGUUACGCUAUAGGUCCUGGGUGAUGUCUUUCUGCAAAGUUUGGUGUUUGGACCCUUUUUCAGUGGGAUAUCUUUUCAAUGCAGUCAGCAAAAAUUCCGAUAAAGACUGUUAAGGUUGACAUUGAAAGGAUAAAAGGGCUGGAAUCAUGAAUCCCCUUUCCCAUCAUUACAGCCUUCAGAUGCAUGGGAUCUACUAAGAUAUGGGAGUUUCCUUUUUUGACUGACAAGAUUUCAGUGCGAGGACAGUAAAGCCCCUAUCACCAUGCUCACUUUUUAUCAGUGAGAACUAAUGUAAACACGCCCCAGCUCUGAUCACAGGUGCUGAGGCAGUGUUGACAGUAAUCCAUGGGCAGAGGAGCUUUUCAAAUAAUUAAUUCUUAGGGACCAGGAGCAUCUGAUAUUCAAUUCGCUGCAUGCUGGUAAGCAAUCCCGAUCCCUAGUUCUGUUGGAUCACCAAGGCAGCCUUUGCUUUAUUGGAAGAUUUGCUGACUGCACCGAGUUAAUACUAUUUAGGUCCAGAGUUUCUCAGUCUGUGAGCCAAGCGUGGAGACAAUGUGGGUUGAAAUGCCAGUUCCUUCAUCGUAACUCAGGUCUCGACGAGCCACAUCUUCCCCCACCCCACCUUGCUGACUUGUAACCUACAUUGCUGUAUCAACGCGGCAGGAUUUCAUAAAUGAAAUCAAAACCUCUGUACUGGACAGUGCAAUAAAACCUCAAUCACUGUGCUCUCACUUUAUUAGCAAGAACUGAGCAUCUCCCAGCCCUGGCUCACAGCAGACAGGACUUUGUAGCCAUACACUGUGCAAUGUAACAUCAUGUGUCAUUGGGGAAGUCAAUUGGAUAAGUGUGCACACUUCCCCAUGGGAACCAGCCUUGAACCCUCAAGGACUGAAGAUUGUCUUUCUAUGAUUACGGGUUACAGUGGUGCCAGAGUACAGCCCCCCCUAAUUCUGAAGGCCUUUUAAUCCUUGUCAGGGACAAAACACUAUGAAACACAUUUGUCUUUAUUGCAUGUGCCAAAACUCAGUCUUUGUGGAAAAUCAUGGAAAGGAUUGGUAUUCAACUGAACCACUAGCAUCGUAUAUUCUGUUGAUUUUCAAGGAUUACAAGCUGAACACGUGCUGUAGAGUCAGUUAGUCUUCCUCUCAUGCCUGGAGGAGAUGUUGCAAUGUUUAUUCUUCUGUCUGAAUCUGAAGUAGCACCAUGAAAUGGUAGCAAUGAAAUGUUACUCAUUACAGCCUCUUUUACCUGAAGCAACAUUGGUAUCUCAAAUAUACACACACACACACACACACACACACACACACACACACACACACACACACACACACACGCACACGCACACGCAAAUACAUACCACACAUACACAGACACACUCAUCACAAACACACAGACAUCCAUACACAGUCACAUGUACAAGCACUCAUACACACAGACAUACACACAAGGACAUACAGACACACACACAGACACAAACACAAGCACCUUCACAGACACACACGCAGACGCAAACACAUAUGCAUAUUGCAUACAUAUAUGAGCACCAUGCACACAGGCACAUGUAUAUAUACACACUAUACCCACCCACAACGUGCAUGUAUGCAUGAAUAAACACUGUACACAGUAUAUACAAAUGCACGCAUAGCUAUGCAUGCAAAUAUUAUAUGAAUAUUAUUUUAAAGGACAAUUUCCCUUCUGGACCCAGCAAGCCCAAAGCUCCCAUGCAUUUUCUUUUUUCAGUCUGGUUUCCAUGAUCCAGGGAAUCACAGUCAGCAGUCUGAGCAGAAGAAUGUAGGCAGGUGACAUUUUUUCUCAUCUUGCAAAUACUUCACAUCACACACUCCUCCUCUGUAUUCUCACUCAUUACACCAUCUUCAAUGUAAACACCCAGGACUGUAGAACUCUCCACUUCUCUCAGUAUCCUCUCCUAUUUACAGCUGUUUAUCUCCUGAAGCUUAAGCUUGGCAUCAUCUAAUUCUUGAAGUAAAAGCGGAAAAUGCUGGAACCACUCAGCAGGUCAGGCAACACGUGGAAAGAGAAACAGAGCCAAUGUUUUCGGCCAAAGAAACUUCAUCAGAACCUUUAAUCCGAAGCGUUAACUCUGUUUCUGUCUGCCCAGACACUGCCCAACCUGUUGAGUGUUUCCAGUAUUUUCUGCUUUAUUUGAGAUUUCUAGCAUCUGCAGUUCUUUGAUUAUCAUAUAUUUAUUAACCUCUUAACCACGUCAUGUUGCCUAUUGAGUUUUGAAAUUCAGCUUUCAGAUUAUAAGAAAAGCAGUGAUAAUCAGCCAUCAGGGAAUUCCAUCAAACUCACUAAAAUCCAACGGAUGUCGGAAUGAUCGAAUCUUUGAUAAAUUAGACCCAAGAUCAAAUGAGUGACGGCAUUGCCUAUUUCUCUGGAAGAGUUGGGGGUUUCUGAUCCUUCAGAAUAUAUCAUAAACAAUCAUGCUAUUAAACAACCAUCUUUAAAGUUCAAAGAAGAAUCCUAGAGUAAGAAUUCAUGCAAUGUAGUACAUAAUUGGUUUAUUUGAUAUUGCAUUGAACAGUUAUGAAAUUCUACUUCAUUGAUUUAAACAAAAAUUAAAUUCAGGGACAUAGUACAAUGCACACGUCACUACAUUAACAUGCCUCAGAGAAUGAAUUUGCAUUCUCAAGGUGUCUUCAUUGGUCUUUUUGACAGAAUAACUGUAGGUGUUGCAGCAAAACUACCUUCCACCAACAGAUACCAACAGCUCAGCAGAAAAUGUAUGCAAUCCAUUCUCAUUAACAUGCACAUCAGGGAUAUCCUGGGGUGGAAAUCCAUGACUUCUGCUGAAAUCCAUGUUGAACCUCUGAAAAUUGGAUUUGGGGAUUAUUUCAUUGUUUUAGGUCCAUUAUUGCACCAUCCAAAAUGUUUUGCUCAUAUCUGCUUGUGCGUCUGAUGUUUUAUUGUCUUUGGUAAUACGUUUUCAUAAAUAUUUUGGCCCAUAUACCGCAAAGGGUGUUAGAAAAUCAUGCCAAAUGUAGCAGGUUUGAAAUGACAUUGAUCCUCAUGGUUUAAAGCAUCUUGGAAUCAAGGCCCAAAUAGAGGAGCUCAACUUUCAGGUGCUAAUCCAAUAAUUAUCAGUGUUGCAAGGAGACCACAUAAUCCUAGUCCCAGGGAGUUAUUGUACAACUGUGGUUUGUUCAAGUAACUACACCAGCUAUUCUGCAUAGGAAACUCCAACCCCACAUCCCCACUGUUACUAAUGAGAAGUGACUUCUCUAUAAGAAAUAGGAGCAGGAUGUAAUUAUUAUACCUGGAUUAAGUGUGGCAUUUAAUAAAAUCACGACUGAUCCUUGGCAUCACAUCUACGUUCUCAGUCAGUCAGUCCACUCAGAAAAGUAGACCUCAAUUUUGGCUGCUAAACAGAGAACAUUGGAGACUCAGCAGGUCAGGCAGUAUCAGUGGAAAGAGAAACAGAAGUAACUUUUCAAGCCAAAGACCUUUAAGGGUCAUUGAAUUGCAAUGUUAACUCUGAGUUCUUACAAAGGGUGUUCGAUCUGCAACCUUAACGCUGUUUCUGUCUCCACAGAAGCUGCCUGACCUGUUUCCAACUUUUUCUGUUUUUAAUUCAAGUGUUCAGCAUCUGCAAUGUUUUUGAUUCUCAAUUUUGGUUUCCAUAUUUUCAUCAGCUGCCCCCCGGUAUUCCUCUCAAUUAUCUGAUUUUGUUUUGCCAGUGGUAUAUUCCCACUCACCCUUAUUAAUCCUCUGUCUCUUUGCUGUCAUUUAAAUGAUCCUUACUUCUUCCCAACUCCUUCCAACACACAGUCCAUGACCACUGCCAUCCUGCCCACUCCUUCCCAGCCACAGUUUCCUCCUGCAACUCAGCAAAUGUAUUUCUUAAGCCGUUAGGCAAUAUUUUCUCUUUGUGGAUUGGGAGUCUUGCUGAUGUUAGAAUUCAGGAUGAAGAGAAACACUUCAUUCUAUAAAAAAGUACAUAAGUAAAACACCCUCCAAAUCCAUUAAAUGACAUGGCUACUUGUUGCAAUCAUACUGUGUCUCGGGGUUCCAACAUUUUUGAUUUACUAAACAAGAAAUGACAUCACCAACAAUGGAUCUGGUGUAACACUUAACCAGUUUGGUCUUGCCGAAUUUUGCUCUGAAAUAUUUAUGCAUUUUUGAAUCUUUUUAAUCCCUCUUAUGAAUGUUUUUCCUUUAAGCAUGCCUGUGUUUGGUCGGACCUGCCCUCCCCUUUAAACCUACUGAGAUUUAAAAAGCAAAAGAAAUCUUAUUAAAUUAAAUUGUCUGAAGUAUUUUUAUUCUUUGCCCUGAUGCUUUAUUGCAAUGGUUGUAAAUGUUUACUGAUGGAUCUGGGUGCCAGGGAUCCCAGGUUUAUCGCUGAUGGGAUCAUUGUCACUGGAUGUUCCAUAUGGACCAGGAAGAGGAUCGGCAGAUAUUGGAGGCAGAGAGAGGAAGGGGGAGGGGGUUAAAGAAUGUCGAUUUGCAGUGCAUGACCAUCCAACUGGAUAGGAAUUGUCGGCAGGGAACCUUCUCUCCAUGCCGAGAGGGGCUAAGGACUCACUGGAAGGGAAAGGUUCAGAAAGGGUGGAGGGUGGUUGGAAUUUCACCUCCAAUGAAACCAUUCCAAAUGUCCCCUCUUCUCCCAGCAUUGAAACCAGUGACAGAUGUAUUUUUUAUGUCCCUUUAAGAAAUAAUUUCUAUUGAAAGAACAACGUCACUGGGGAUGUUGGAAAAUGAAGGGCAAGGGUCAUCAUGUUGCCCUUGUUGUGACCUGCCUUCAGAGACACGGGGAUAUUGAGGGAGGUCGUUGGUGAACUUCAAGUUAAAAACCAGGGGAGCUGCAGGCUGGUCUGUCACUCCAAAACUAGUGAUCUCAGGGGAAGAUCUCUCUUUGAGUGCCAUUUUUUAGUGGGUUUAUAAAAGUAAGGGAAUCCUUCCUGGUAUGAAUUUGUUGGGGAGGUAAUGAAUUGGAGGAGCUCUCCCUUUUUCCUUCUUCUUUCCAAUGCCUUUCCUUCUCUGUCCUCCGUCCCUUUACCCCUCCCCAUUACUUGUCUCUGCCCUUCCCUGCACCCCACUCUACCUCUCCCCUCCCCAAUCCGUGCACCUUCUCCCAUCCCGUUGACACCCCGCCCACUGCUGUUGGCUUUCCCCGCCGUCUUUCCCCUCUCCGCCGCCCUGCCAUCUCCUUGUUCCGAACCCCUCCUCCCCGCUACUCCACCCUUUGUAACAAGGAGCCCAUUGUUGGGACUGCUAUCUAUCACUGCCCAUCCUCCAUCAGGACUCUAUUGUCCCUGGGUGGGUGGUGCCCUAGUGACUGAUCCCUGGAGCCCAGUAUCCCCCAGUCUGUGUAUGUGGUUUCAAAUUCGACCCCAACUGACUUUCAUGUGAUAUCUGUGUUGAUAUUUAUGCAAAUAUUUUUAACAGAAAGGUUAUGCGCAAUAAAUAAUAAGAAAAAAAUUACAGGAGAAAUGUACAAAGUAUUUGUGCAAUAUUUUUGGGUGACAUUUUAUCAUAAAAAUAUGCCAGAGAAUAUUGAAUCGUGAAGUAUGGCAGGGGAGUAAAUAAUUCUCUGCAGAGUUUAAAGGAACAUUGGUGUUUUUUUAAAAUAUAUCUUGGGUUGAACUUACGACGUUCAAAAAUCAGUUUGAGAACAUCUUCGGAAUCUUUGGACUGAGGCAAUGAGAGUGGUUGAAAUCUCUCACCUCCCCCCCCCAAAUCACUGUCAAUAUCUUGGGGCUAAGAGGGCCCAUAGCACAGUGCAGGAAACAAGAUCGACUUCCUAGUCAGUGACUUUCUAAUGGAUAACUACCUUGUUUGGUCUGUCAGAGUCUCCCUGAUCCAGUGGUUCCAAGCACAUGGGUGAAGAGAAGGUACUCGGUGUUAAUAGCCCACCAGAGAGACCUUGAGAAUGAAAUGAUGGUGUAGGGAGAAGGGAAUGGAUCCUAGGUGAAUAUGGAGAAGGGAAUUAAGGGAACACAAUCAGAGGGCAUCAAAGUAACUGGGCAUUCAACUCUAUUCCAACUUGAGUGUAGAGGAAGCUUUACUUUGUGUCGAAUCUGUGCUAUACCCAGCCUUAACUGUGUGAUGGGACAGUGUAAAGGGAGCCUUACUCUUUCUCUAAUCCAUGGUGUACCUAUCCUGGGAGUGUUUGAUGGGACAGUGUAGAGGGAGCUGUACUCUGUCUCUAACCAUGCUAUACUUCCCUGGGAGUGUUUAAUGGAACAGUGUAGAGGGAGCUUUACUCUCUAUUUUACCUGGGAUAUACUUGACGGGACGGAGAACAUUAUGUCUAGCCUAUGCUCAACCUCCUCUGGGAUUGUUUGACGAAACAGUGUAGAGGGAGCUUUACUCUGUAUCGAACCCAUGCUGUUCCUUCCUCCUUGUAUCCCUGCUAACACUAACUGUAGAGUAAUCUCCGAGUCACAUACAAAGACCACACAGCUGUUAGUCAUACCAUACCCCCAUCAUAGAAGGGUCUGAUUGUGUAUCAACAGGUGGUGGGGGUGGGUGGGAGGAAGCAACAGAUGGAAAAAACACUUACAGUUUCGAGGUGAUCAGGAACAUUUACAAGAUGAUCUCCAAAUUCUUUUGUAUUACUUUGUUGAUUUUCAAACAUCUAGAAAAAUCGGAUGAAUUAAAAGCUUGCCAAAUCAAAAACUAAAAGAAAACACAGGUAUAAAUCUUUUGAGUAUGGACUGUUAUUUACAGCUCUUGAAAUCUGUGCAUGCUUUUGAUUGUUCAGACAUCUGCAGACAAAAAAAAACAGUGCGAAUGCCUAUAAAUUGAGUAGAGUUAGAGAAAUGUACAAAACUGUAAAACAUUUCUUAAUCACACUAUUCUCUGAAUAAAUGGGGAAAAAUAAA